AAGGUAUUGUAGCAUUCCCAUCCAAUCAAAUCUGGCCGGGGGCCGACUUCCCUUGCAUGAGGCAAACACCAUCAUGCAUCUAGCGAAACCGCCAUGUCGUCUUCAGGAUCUUGUGUUAACGCAUCUUUCUUAGCUACCUGCCAUUCACAUCACUCUGAAUCGCCUUCAACGACGCAACAUGUCCGCCCCGUUUUUUCCAAAGCAAGCUGUGAAGUUCGAUGGAGCUCUCGCCCAGGAGCUCCAAGGGAACGUGAGUGAGGGCAUUGCGCAGGAGCUCAUCAAGGUCGUGCCGCCGAUCAAAUCGGGCUUCGUCAUCCAUGAUAAUGGAUGCGGCUAUGGAUCCGUCACGGGCGAGAUCAUGAGUUCUGGCGUUCCCUCCGACAUUAAGAUUCACUCAACUGACAAGAACGCCAAUUAUCUGGCACAACUGCGUGCUACGCUCGCCAAGAACCCCUCCUGGCCCGUCGAGAUUGCCGAGGUCAACGCCAAUGACUUGACAUUCCCUGACAAUUAUUUCGACUUGUCCAUCACCGACUUUGUCCUCCUCGGCCUUGACGACGAAGUUGGGGCUGCCAAGCAUAUCUUACGCACUGUCAAGCCCGGCGGAACGGCAGCCAUUGCGGUCUGGAAAGACAAGCCCUGGCAAGCUGCUUUGAAAGAGGCGCAUCGCCGUACUCGAGGCGACGAUGCACCCUUACCCCCCUUCCUUGCCGUUAUCGACUAUGAUACGGAGCAGUUCAAGAGAAUUCUGAAGCAAGCUGGUUUUGAGAACACCAAGUUCGUGGAGAGGAGUGCGUGGCUGCACAUGGCGGAUCCCAAGCGCUGGGCGAGAAUCGCCUGGACCUUCCUUGCCACUCCUGUUGGAGGCUGGAAGCAGUCGGAUGAAGAUACGUGGGACCAAGCAAUCGAGAUAGCCGCUGAGGAGUUCCAGAAGGGCGAUUGGCAUGUCUACGAGGAUGGUGUUCACAAGAUCCGCAUGGUUGCAACGAUCGCUGUUACAGAGAAGCAGUGAGACCCAAUCCAAGCCCAGGCCAAAAGAGAUGUAUGGCCGGUUUUGCGAAUAAUCUAUGUCUUACAUUUAGUUAGGUGAUUUGUGUUGACCCAUGUCCCGGGUUUAUUGAGUAGCCAUUAAUAUGAGAUCCGUCCCAGCA